AAAAGUCAAAACAGAUAUAUGACUUCCAUAUAGUAAUGGUGUUGUAGCGUGGCAUGCCUCGAGCACUGUAUUAAUACCCCAAGUAUUAAUCAACGACACUGCUUAUCUUUUUUGUGUUAACAUGCACAAUGGCGCAGGUCCCCUUCUUAGUUAUAGUCGGCCCAUCGGGUGUUGGUAAAACCACCCUGUACAAGAUGCUUCUUGAGGAAUUCCAAGGAUUCUUCGAACUUAGCGUUAGCUGUACUACCAGAAAGAUCAGACCACAUGAAAUAGACGGAGUUAACUAUUAUUUCAUCACAGAAGAAAAAUUCAAUCAGAUGAAAGAUGAAGAAGCCUUCCUAGAAUGCGCCACCUACGUAGGCAACCAAUAUGGAACUCCCUGCUCCGAAAUAACGCGCAUCCAAUCAAAAGGCAAAGUACCUUUGUUGGAAAUAGAAGUUUGUGGUUUCCAAAAAAUCAAAUCGUUGGGAAUACCACUAUACAGCGUAUUUGUAAGCACAAGUGAUAUAGAUGCUCUCAGAAAGAGACUUGUAAGAAGAGGAUCCGAUGAAGAACAAACCGUAGAUAAAAGAAUUGGAAGAGCAGUUGAAGAAAUAGCGGAAGCAAAGCACGCUGGAUUCAGUAUGAUAUUGUACAAUGAUGUACUAGAAGUUGCAUACAAGCAACUUAGGGAACAAAUAAUAAAAUGGUAUGGACUCAAAAGUGAGCAAUGAGCACACGUGGUGUGCAAAUCAGAAUUUCAAAAUUACUAGACUU